CUAUGACGGUCGCUGUAAGCUUAUUGCCCAGCCAGUACCUCAGUGCCGAGUGGAUUCAGACUGCCAGACGGUGGAGCGUUGCGUGCGUGGCAGUUGUGUGGAGGCGUGCCGCGUGGAUCCAUGUGGCCUGAAUGCCAUCUGUGCCUCGCAAACACACACAGCGGUCUGCACCUGCCCUCCAGGCUUCAUCGGCAACCCACAUAUUGAAUGUUCGAUAGUGCCAUCGGUCAUACCACCUGUGAUUGUACCUGAGUGUGUGCGGGAUGACGAGUGCUCGUGGGAUCGCUCUUGCGUGAACCAGCGUUGUGUCAACCCAUGCACUGCAGACAACUGUGCCAGAGGCGCGUUCUGUCACGUUGAGAACCAUAGAGCCAUUUGCCGCUGUCCUGCGGGCUUCCAAGGAGAUCCGCUUGUCGAGUGUAGGCCUCCUGCGGAUGCCACAGUGGGCUGUACCUCCAACUCAGAGUGCAGCUUGAAGGAAUCCUGUGUCAACCGAUUGUGUAUCAGUCCUUGUAACUGUGGCCCCAACGCUGAAUGCCGUGUUACCAAUCACUACGCCAUAUGCUUCUGCAAGCCUGGUUACUCAGGCAAUCCUCAAAUUGGCUGCGUCAAAUUGGGUUGUGAAUCCGACGAUCAGUGCAGUUUAGACAAGAUGUGCUACAACAGUGAGUGCAUCAGCCCCUGUAUCCUGGGAGAUCCUUGUGCAAUGAACGCUGAAUGUUACGGCUCAGACCAUCGAGCCACCUGCAGGUGCCGACCAGGCUACGAGGGCAACCCACUGGUACAGUGCGCUCGUGUACAGUGCAGGAUCGACGCUGACUGUCCCCAGGACCGAGCGUGCAUCAACCAACACUGUGUCAACCCUUGUGACAACCCCCUCAACCCCGUGUGCGCAGCUAACGCUCUCUGCUACGUAAGGAACCAUGUGGCCUCGUGCCGCUGUCCUGACCACCUGCCAAUGGGCAACCCGAUGGCGUACUGUGAGCGCACCCCACCACCCCUCGCUGAGCCAGAGUGUCGUCACGAUCCGGAUUGCCCAAGCCAACUGGCCUGUAUACGCAACACAUGUGUCAACCCUUGUGUAGCCUUGUCACCGUGUGCCACCUCCUCACGCUGCAGUGUCCUGGACACUAUGCCUGUUCGCACAAUGAUAUGCACAUGCCCGGACGGUUGGGUGCCCAACAACGAAGGAGAGUGUAGGCCAGUGGUCGUUCCAAUGCCACCUGGAUGUACUGCGGACACGGACUGCCCCACCAAUGAGACAUGUAUCAACCGUAUGUGCAGGAACCCCUGCAACUGCGGAACCAAUACCAACUGUCUCGUGCAGAACCACCGACCGAUCUGCUCAUGUAUGGAGGGCUUCGAAGGCAAUCCGUAUGUGACUUGUAGAGCAGUGGGUUGCCGUUCGGACUCAGAAUGUGAAUCAGGAAAGGCAUGUGUGAAUGGCAUCUGUCUGAACCCCUGCGUGGUGAGCGAUCCUUGUGGUAUCAAUGCAGAAUGCUACCCAGUUGGCAGCAGAGCAGAGUGUCGCUGUCUCUCCGGCUACCGGGGUAACCCUCGUGAGAGAUGCUUUGUCGUUGGUUGCCGCAGCAACAGUGACUGUCCUAACGACCGUGCUUGCAUCAACGGCCAGUGUAUAAACCCUUGUGUCUACGAACAUCCUUGUGCCAGCCAAGCGGAGUGUCUGGUGCAGAACCAUCUCGCUCUGUGCCGCUGCCCACAAGGCAUGGUCGGUAAUCCCUACACAACUUGUCGGCCGGAGAUCGUCGCCGAGUGUACGACCGACGGAGAUUGUCCAUCGGUAAUGGCCUGUUUCAACGGAAAGUGCAAGGAGCCCUGUGGAGUGCUGCAGCCGUGCAACCGUCCUUCCGUUUGCCAAGCCACCAAUUCUCUACCCGUCCGCACCAUGAUCUGUGUCUGUCCCGAUGGCUUCAUCUCCAGUGGCUCCGGGACCUGCAAACCUGUGCAGCAGACAGAUGUUGGCGGCUGCUCAGCUGACUCAGAGUGCCCGCAGGAUAAGGCUUGUCUCAACGGAUUGUGUCGUGACCCGUGCCGCUGUGGUCCCAACGCUGACUGCCGAGUCAGAGAUCACAAGCCUGUCUGCUCUUGUUUACAAGGAUACGAUGGAAACCCUGAACUGAACUGUAUUAAAACCGAAUGCUACAGCGACUCAGAUUGUUCUGGGACACAUAGCUGUGUGAACCGUAUGUGCGUGCCGGCCUGUGCCGCUGAUGGCAGUUCCUGUGGAACCAGUGCCAUUUGCUAUGGAGCUAACCACCGUCCCGUGUGCCAGUGCCAGCCCGGUCUCAUCGGUAAUGCCAACAUCGCCUGUGUGGUGGUUGGCUGCCGUUCAGAUUCCGAAUGUCCCUCAGACCGAGCCUGCAUCAACAGUUUGUGCGUUUCUCCCUGCGCAGAGAGUAACCCAUGUCAACAGCCGGCCGAGUGCGUUGUCUACGACCACAAGGUUGACUGUUCCUGUCCUCCCGGCUUCGUCGGAGACUUGGGUCGAGGCUGUCAGAGAGUGGAAAUAACAUGUGUGAGCGACAGUGACUGUCCAUCACAGACAGCCUGCAUCAACUCUGAAUGUGUCAAUCCUUGCAAUGCUACGGAACCUUGUGGCGUUAACACGCGGUGCCAAGUGUUCGACACUCCGGUGUGGCGCACCAUGGUGUGCGAGUGUCUGCCUGGUUACCAGGGCAAUGCUGCUGUCCGAUGUGACCUCGUGCCGAUAUGUGCGGUGGACAAAGGCUACAUAAUAGACGAAGCUGGCAACUGUGUGUGUCCACCUGGUACAGCUCUGAACGCCAAUGAUGAGUGUGUGCGAUGUCUGCCGGAACGAGGACAGAAAGUGGAUGAGCGAGGUCGUUGUGUUUGUGCUCUUGAACGAGGAAUGAUCAUCGAUGAACGUGGCAACUGUGUCUGCCCAACAGAGUUCGGUUACAAGCUUGACGCAAAUGGAAACUGUGUGCCAGGUGAAGGCCCGCCCGAGUGCGAGACAGACGAUGACUGCGCUGAUCACCGCUACUGUAACCUCAACACCAAGACUUGUGAUGAUCCCUGCCUCACAAAGGUGUGUGGCAUCAAUGCCUUCUGUAAUGCCACCAGACACCGUGCCAUCUGCCAGUGCAUCCAUGAUGCCUUUGGCGAUCCUGAAGUUGCUUGCAACACAACGCACUUCAGGACAGACUUCCCAAGACCUGACAUGGUGGUCAGUUGCCUCUCAGAUGGAGUGCAAGUCGAGAUACACAUCACUGAGAAGGGAUUCAAUGGAGUGUUGUACGUUAAGGGACACAGCAAGGACGAGCAGUGUCGUCGUGUUGUCACCCUGCCCUCAGACUCACUUCCCAGAACAGAGAUUUUCAAAGUCAACUUUGGCUCCUGUGGACUUAUACAUGUCAAUGGUCAAGCAAGUUUCGUGCUGGUUAUCCAGAAACAUCCAAAACUGGUGACAUACAAAGCACAAGCUUAUCACAUAAAGUGUGUGUACACGACGGGAGAACAGAACGUAACACUCGGGUUCAACGUGUCAAUGUUGACAACGGCAGGUACAAUCGCCAAUACCGGCCCACCGCCAACAUGCUCCAUGCGUAUUGUCACACACACUGGACAAGAAAUCAAUUCAGCAGAGAUUGGAGAUAACCUCAUGUUGCAAGUCGAUGUGCAGCCGUCAAGUAUUUAUGGAGGAUUCGCAAGAAGCUGUGUGGCCAAGACCAUGGAAGACAGUGUUGAGAAUGAAUAUAUUGUGACUGACGAGAACGGCUGUGCAACCGACCCCUCAAUAUUCGGUGAGUGGGACUACAACCCGGAGACACAGUCACUGCUGGCAGGCUUUAACGCCUUCAAGUUCCCGAGCAGCGAUAACAUCAGAUUCCAGUGCAACAUCAGAGUCUGCUUUGGAAAGUGUCAGCCGGUGAACUGUCGGGGCUAUAACGCUUACGGCAGAAGACGACGAGCUAUCGACAGCCGCAACAACACGGCCGUCGAGGUUGCAGAGGCUGUCACUGAAGGACAGCUACGAGAAGAGAUCACUCUCUUGUCCAAUGCCAUUCUCACUUUUGAGAGGAGAGAGGAACGUUACACCAGUCCCACAGAAGCCCCAGACAUACAGCAAGUAGAGGACAUCUGCGUGUCCAUGAUUGGCUUCAUCAUCGCCCUAAUCAUGACAGCGCUGCUAGCACUAGUAGCGGUGGCGGUGGCAGUGUCAUGCUGGCUCAUCGCAUACCGCCGGCGACCCAAGGUCUCGGGCCCAUUGCCACAUCCGCCUGAGUUCCCUAACCCUCUGUUCACGACGCCAGAACCGCUAGCAGAACCAUCCCCAGACUACCUCUCCUAACCUACUUUCGUCUCGUCGCAUAUACCAAAUCGAGCCAGCCGAAGAUGAUUUUUGAAAGGGCGAUUCUUUCCCAAAUCAUGCUACAUGGCCACCUCAUCUCUCUAGUUUAGUUAAACUCGACUGAUGCCGCGGCCAACAAAAAUACAUAUCAGAUUGAACGAACGAAACGAACAACGACUCUUUACAAGUCGAUCUGAGAUGUAUUUUUCUGUUGUAAUUGACAUCUCCUCCGUUGGCUUAAUAACUUUUAACAAAGGCAAGCUACAAAGGGGUGACUUUCAUUUCUUUGACUUAGGUGAAGGCUGAUUUGUAAAUAGGUAACUCUUUCACUGUUGCUUUGUAAUUCACUUACAUUUUGUUAUCUGCAACUUAUUCUGAUUAACUUAUUUUGUAAUUAAUACUUUGUGCUCUUUUUCAACCUUUUCGUUUUUUAGCCAUCGGAGGAUUUGUUUUAGUUAGUUAUGAUUUUAUAAAUAAUAUAUAUACUAUAAAUAAUUCCUAAUGUCAUGUAUUAUAGUCAAAGCGGUUUUUGUUUAUAUGUAUGAAUGGGGUAUAUUUUUAGUUAGGAUUGACUUUGUUAAUUUUUUGUUUCAGUUCUAAUUACUUAUAUACAAAGUGAAAGGUGUAUGAAUCUGAGUUAAUAGUUAAUUAAUUGUUAAUUUUAUUAUACGUACUGUGAUCGAUUUUACUUAAACUAGACUGUAUUAAAAGAGUUUAGUUUUCAUACUUGUAAAAUUUAUUUAUAAACAACAUUAAAUCGGUUACAGUAUAAGACUGCCAAGCAUUUUAUAUUUAAUAUUAAUUACUUUAAGCUUAGAGCUAUAAUGUUGUUAGCAACUUUUAAAAAUCAAAGUAAUUUAUUUAAAUGAAUCAACAGUUGUAAACAAGGAAAUGAGCUCUGAUGUGUUGUUUAGGUUAGUUUGGUGUUCGUAUACGUAGUUUUGGUGCAAUUUUUACAACUUAGCCUAUUUCCUUCUUUCACUGUUGAAACAUGAACCAAGAAGUUUAUAGUCCUUUUAACAACUUCUGUCUAAAUUUAGCAAUAACGAUUAUAGUUUUUAAAUGUUUAUAAAAUGUGAUAAUAAUUUGCAUAAUAAAAUUAUAAUAAUAUUUAUUUAA